GAAUCAAGCAAUAAAUAGGUUGAAUCCACUCAACGACAGGGACAGAAAGAAAAUGAAGUGGAUACUGGCAGUAUUAUUAAUCCAAUUGCUGCACAAUAUUUCGUGCGAGCAAUCCUAUGUGGUGACCAAUGAGAAACUGGAGCCCUUCGAGGGCGACUCCGAGACUCUGGUGUUAUUCGAUACCCUGAAGACCACGGGCCGGGAGCGAGCCCUCAAUGGUUCAUUCAAAUUUCUGGGCGAGAUGAAUAACGACGACUUUAAGGUGUCCGUCGAGCUCUACUCCAGUCCCAAUGGGGAUGGUGACUUUAAGCGCAUGGCCAUGGACGUGCCACAGACCAGCAUCUGUGAGUGCUUCAAGAAGUUUUAUGUGCAGUUCGUUCAACCUUCGCUGAAACAGGGUGAAACCACCAAUUUUCCCACUGUCGAUGAGGACACGUGUCCAAUACCGGAGGGCGAAUACUACAUUAAGAAUGUCCUCUUCAACACGGAGGACUGGCCGCAGCAAGUCCCGCGGGGCAUUCUUAAGGCGAUCAUAACAUUCUUCAAUGAUGGAAAAAAUGUUGGAGGUCUAAUUGUGGUCGUCAAGAUUGAGGAUCGUCAGAGCUAGAUCCGAGUAUCGUUUGAGUGGUGGACGGGAGUGAUUCUUAGCAGAUACGAAUUUUGAAACGGAUGUGAAAAUUUGUUGGCGGUUUCAGUUUUUGCUUUGAGGGUGAGAGACGUUUAUAUUUUUAUUACCUUAUAUUCAAAUUGUCAUUAAAUAAAAGUCUUUGAAAGCGAAAA